UUUCUUGCUUUGUCAUUUGGUUUUAUGAGAGAUCAGCUUUUUAUAAAACAUCUUUCAUUCAUCUUACAUGAUCAAUUAAUUGUCGUUAAUAAUUUUGAUUGUUUGAAUUGUUUAGUUUUAUAAUUUUAUCAUCUGAUCCGUUAAUUAACAACAUCAACAAUUGUCACUUUGAUUUUCAGAAGUCUGUUGAAGUUAAUCAAUCAUGGCUCUCACCAUGCACCCCAAGAUGAAAAUUACCUCUGCUUCUGGAAUUAUUUCACUUUUGGAAGAGGACCGACCUGAACUCAAAAGUUUCGCCCUUUCCAAGCUCAAUGAUAUUGUUGAUGAGUUUUGGGCUGAGAUUUCUGAAGUGAUUGCGAAAAUCGAAGUACUCUAUGAAGACGAGAGCUUCAAUAAAAGAAAAUUGGCAUCUUUAGUCGCUUCCAAAGUUUAUUAUCAUUUAGGAUCUUUUGAAGAUUCUCUUACCUACGCAUUAGGAGCUGAAGAUCUUUUUGAUGUCAAUGAUGAUUCUGAAUAUGUAUCGACUAUUAUUGCGAAAUCAAUUGAUCAUUAUACCAAAUUGAGGAUUAAAAUGAUUACUACAAGUGAUGGAGAUAAAGUGCAAAUUGAUCAAAGGCUUGAAGAUAUCGUCAACAGAAUGUUUAAAAGAUGUUUCGAUGAUAAUCAGUUCAAACAAGCCAUUGGUAUAGCUAUGGAAACAAGACGAAUGGAUAUUUUUGAACGGUCUAUUCUAGAAUCUGACAAUGUUACAGCUAUGUUAGAUUACGCCUUCCGUAUAACUAUGUCAUUGGUUGAGAAUCGUCAUUAUCGAAAUGAUAUUCUCAAGAUUUUAGUCAAAAUAUACAAAAAUUUGAAAACUCCAGAUUACGUCAACAUGUGUCAGUGUUUGAUAUUCUUAGAUGAUGCUCAAUCCAUCGCUGAUGUUUUAGAUAAAUUAGUAAGAGAAGAUGAAACCAGCUCUCUUAUGGCUUAUCAGAUAGCCUUUGAUCUUUACGAAAGUGCAACACAGAAUUUUCUCACACGAGUUUUACAAGCUAUUAGGAUAACAGCUCCAAUUCCAUCACUGGUUGGACCUCCACAAAAAGCAAAAAAUGAUAAAGAUGAAUCUAAAAAAGAAGAACCCGAGCAAAUGGAUACUGAUCAAGUUGACCAAAAAGAUCAAGCGUCAACAUCAGCAGAACCUGUCAAAGAACCUGAAGUUGAGAAGGUCAAAAAAGAAGAUCUCAAAGGAGGUGAUGCUUUGCGUCAAGAAAGAUUAGAGAAACUAGCCGUCAUUUUAAGUGGUGAAACCACAAUAGAACUCGAACUCCAAUUUCUAAUUCGUAACAAUCAUACAGACAUGCUGAUUUUAAAGCACACUAAAGAUGCUGUUAGAAAUUCAGUGUGUCACACUGCAACUGUUAUUGCUAAUUCAAUCAUGCAUUGUGGAACUACAAGUGACCAAUUCUUGCGAGAUAAUCUCGAUUGGCUAGCCAGGGCCGUAAACUGGGCUAAAUUCACAGCUACUGCAAGCUUAGGAGUUAUCCAUAAGGGUCACGAAAAGGAGGCCUUGCAUUUAAUGCAAGCUUAUUUACCUAAAGAUUCUGGACCUGGUAGUGGAUACAUCGAAGGUGGUGGUCUAUAUGCUUUAGGUCUUAUUCACGCUAAUCACGGGUCUAACAUCACUGAUUAUCUUCUCAGCCAAUUGAAGGAUGCUCAAAAUGAAGCUACUCGUCAUGGUGGUUGUCUCGGUUUAGGGUUAGCAGCAAUGGGUACAAACCGUCAAGAUGUUUAUGAACAACUCAAAUUUAACUUGUAUCAAGAUGAUGCAGUUACCGGUGAAGCUGCUGGAAUAGCUAUGGGUCUAGUUAUGUUAGGCUCUAAAUCUCCUUCCGCCAUCGAAGACAUGGUUGCCUAUGCUCAAGAAACUCAGCAUGAAAAAAUUCUCCGAGGUCUUGCUAUUGGUAUCAGUUUGACAAUGUUCGGUAGGUUAGAAGAAGCUGACACUCUCAUCGAAAGUUUGUGUCGUGACAAGGAUCCUCUUCUUCGUCGAUCGGGUAUGCACACCAUUGCCAUGGCUUAUUGUGGUACGGGUAAUAACGAAGCCAUCAGAAAGUUACUUCACAUUGCUGUUAGUGAUGUCAAUGACGACGUUCGUCGAGCUGCAGUCGAAGCAAUUGGUUUUCUUCUUUUCCGAACACCAGAAAACUGCCCUAGUGUUGUCUCUCUUUUAUCAGAAAGUUAUAAUCCUCAUGUGCGUUAUGGUGCUGCUAUGGCCUUGGGUAUUUGCUGUGCAGGUUCAGGUAACAAGGAAGCUAUCAGUCUGUUAGAACCCAUGGUAAAUGAUCCAGUUAAUUAUGUUAGACAAGGAGCCCUAAUUGCUUCAGCUUUAAUCUUGAUUCAACAAACUGAAUCAUUGUGUCCAAAGGUAAAAGAAUUUAAAAACUUAUACGCCAAAAUCAUCUCUGACAAGCAUGAUGAUGUUAUGGCCAAGUUUGGCGCAAUCCUAGCCCAAGGUAUUAUUGAUGGAGGUGGCCGCAAUAUGACAAUAUCAUUACAAUCACGAACCGGUCACACUAAUGUACCAGCUGUUGUUGGUAUGCUAGUUUUCACACAAUUCUGGUAUUGGUUCCCAUUGACACAUUUUCUGUCUUUGAGUUUUGUUCCAACCUGCAUAAUUGCCUUGAACUCAGAUCUUAAAAUGCCCAAAUUAGAGAUUAAAUCAAAUGCAAGGCCUUCACAUUACGCAUAUCCUCCACCUUUAGAAGAGAAGAAAGAGCGAGAAAGAGAAAAGGUAACAACCGCCGUUCUUUCGACGACAGCUAAACACGCAAAGAAAAGGGAAGCCAAGGAAAAAGAAAAAGAAGAAAAAAUGGAAGUUGAUGAAUCAAAGGAUAGUACGAAACCAAAUGAAAAAACCGGUACAUCAUCAAGCAUAACAUCCACAUCAACCACUACCACAACCCCUGCAUCAACUUCAGAUAAAGGUGAAAAAGAAAAGGAGAAAGAGAAGGAAAAGGACAGGAUAAGAGAGAAGGAGAAAGAAAAGGAUAAAAAGGAAACUGAAAAGAGUAAAGAAAAAUCCAAGGAGAAGAGUAAAGAUGAAGAAAGAAAAUCUGAGCCCAGUUUUGAAAUAUUAAGUAACCCUGCAAGAGUGAUAAGGCAACAAUUGAAAGUCAUUUCUAUACCUGAAAAUGCCCGUUAUAGGCCUCUUAAAGACUUAAGUAUUGGUGGUAUUGUGAUGAUGCGUGAUGUAAGAAGUGAAGAACCAGUAGAAUUAGUUCAACCUGUUGCUGCUGGUGGACCUAAGGUUGAAGAAGAAAAAGAACCCGAACCUCCAGAGCCUUUUGAAUACGUCGAAGAUUAAAUUUGAACCAAGUUUAAUGAAUAAUUAAAAAUUUUCAAAACAUAAAUUAACUUUUUUUCGGAAUAAAAUUUAAUUAACCCUAAUUUGCUUUAUUACCAAUAAAAAUCAAUUGAUACAUAA